CUUGCUGAGAACAUUAGUGACGUAACUCAAAAAAUACCAAUUUUGACUUAACCUAUUAGACAUACUCCUAAUAUUGAACUUGAUGUUAUGCUUUAAUGACGGAAGUAUAAUUCUACUAUAAACCACUUGAUGGCGCUAUACGUCAGUAAUAUUUUGUGACUUUUAGUUCCACUUCUGCAUGCAUCAGUGGCGGAAGUCAGUGUACGCUGGACAGUGACGACAGAUUGAGCAUAAGCUUAGACACUUAGUGACGAACCUUGACUUACGUCAGUAGUGCAAUAACUUGAGGCAUUAUAUAUCAACCUAAGGAAGACGAGUUCGUGCUUUACGUCAGUAGUGCGUGAUAGUUAGUCUUAAUAUACCGUUGACUUAAAAUAUUUUGUCUCAAUUUUUUGUCAAACAAUUUGUCUCAAAAAUGAGUACAAGGGGAGAGAAGAUGCUCUUAGCAUCAGGAAUAAAGUUGCGACGCGUACAAAGAAAUGAACAAGGAGAAUCUAAUUGGAUAAUUGAUGACAUAAAUAUGCCAAGCUCCAGCCAGGUACCUGAAUCAUUGCAAACAAUUAAUAUGCCAAGCUCCAGCCAGGUAAUACCUGAAUCAUUGCAAACAAUUAAUAUAGAAGAUGUUAUUUCCGAUGAAUCUUCAGGUAACGUACAUGGAGAUAUUGCGAACGAGAUAAACACUGAAAAUACAUCAUCUGUUUCAUCAGCAUCAUCUACCUGUUCGUCGGCUUGUUCUACCUGUUCGUCGGCUUGUUCUACCUGUUCGUCGGCUUGUUCUACCUGUUCGUCGGCUUGUUCUACCUGUUCGUCGCCAAUUGAUGACAGUGACAAUGAUAGUAAUUACGCACCUAGUAAUGAGGACUCGACAGACGAUGACGAUGAAAGUCCAACUAGACAGUCUGCAAGUAUGGAAUCAACCAAUAUUACGGAAGUAAGUCCUAAAACCAAGUCAAGAAAGCGAGCUAGAAAUCCUGGACGUUGGAAGAGGAAUACCUGCAAAAGACUAAGAAACACUGGUAAGGAGUAUAAAACUUUGUCAAAGGGUAAAUUAAUUGCUGCAAGGAAGAUUCUUCCUCCCUGUAGUACAAAAUGUAUACGUAAGUGUACCACAAAAUUUAGUGAAGAAGAGAGAAAGUUGUUAUUUGACAGUUUUUGGGGAUUGGCAGAUUUACACAGUCAAAGGUCUUAUGUAUUAAACUGCAUGCGUCCUAUUCAGAAGAAAUAUAUUAAAGUAGUAUCUACUAACACAAGGCCGCGAGGACUAAAUAACGCUUACUACUUUACAAAAGAAGACGAACCUCGUCAAGUUUGUCAAAAAUAUUUUAUAUCUACAUUAGGGAUCACUGAAAGAUUCAUUAGAACCACAGCUUCAAAACAACAAGACGGAUUUUUGGAAAGUGAAAAGAGGGGUAAAAUAGGCAAAAAUAAGGUACCCGAAGAAAUAAAAAAAGAUAUGCAUGAACACUUGUCGUCAAUACCUGCAGUAGAGAGUCAUUACACAAGAGCGAAUACUCAGAAAAAGUAUAUCGAUGGAGGCAAGACAGUGAUGGAUCUGUACCGUGAUUACGUUCAGUGGUGUAAUGAUAGUGGGAAAAAUCAUGGAAAGUUGUCUAUGUACAGGCAUAUGUUCAAUUAUGAUUUUAACAUGUCAUUUCAUACACCAAAGAAGGACCAGUGCCUUACAUGUACAACUUAUGAGAACUCUGAUCUGGAUGGUAAAAAUGCCCUUAAAAAUGAUUACGAAUCUCAUAUUCUAGAAAAGAACUUAAGCAGAGAAGAAAAAAAUGCAGACAAAAGCAAUAUUGGCAACUUAUUUCACGUAGCUUGUUUCGAUUUACAAGCAGCACUACCACUUCCUAAAGGUGACGUUUCAGCCUUUUAUUAUAAGUCUCGUUUAAAUUGCUACAAUUUUACAGUUUGUAGCCUUCAACAUAAAGGACUUGGUCCUGUAGAGUGCUAUAUUUGGCAUGAGGGAGAAGGGAAUCGUGGAUCCGUUGAAAUAGGUUCUUGCCUACUUAAAUAUCUAAGAAAAACGGCUAAUGAAGCUGACUCUGAAAAUUUGGAAGUAGUCUUCUUUUCAGAUAACUGUGGAGGACAAGGCAAAAAUAAAUUUGUUGUAACCACCUUUUUGUAUGCAGUUACUAAUUUCAAAAUAAAAAGUAUUGUCCAUAAAUUUUUUGAAGUGGGACAUGGGCAAAACGAAGGUGACAGUAGUCACUCCAUAAUUGAAAAAAACAUUAAAAUAGCUUUGAAAUCUGGCCCCAUUUUCCUACCAGCUCAAUACUCAGCAAUCAUAAGUACUGCAAGUAAAACAGGAAGUACGUUUAAAAUUAAUGAAAUGUCUCAUAAUGAGUUUGUUGACUUAAAAAAAAUGACAUCCGAUUGUACUAAUCAGCCAUUUAAUGUAAAUAUUAAUGGCGAAAAGUUUAAUUUUAAUGAUAUAGUUAUGAUUAAAGUCGACAAAAAUUGUUGUUCAUAUUUGGAUACUAUUAAAAUUAAUAAGAAAAAGUAUGAGGACCUACAAACCCUCGUCCAAAACAAAUCUAUACCGCCUAUACAUGCUCCCUUCUUCAGUGCAUUAAAUUAUAAGGUCGCAGAAUAA